AUGUAUUCGUGUGAUUCCAACCCGGUUGUUGUUUCCAACAACUUAUCAAGAGUCAAAUGGGAAAAUAUACAAUUCAUAGAAGACAACCUUUCCAGGUACGAAAAAGUAUCUUUACUAUUUCUGCUCCAUGGUCAUGGUCAACCAGCAACAGGUUACAAUAACAUUUUGCAAUUGAUCAAUCCCAGCAAUCAGGGACCUACAACAUUUCUCAAACAAUGGGCUAGUAAUAACAACAAUUGGGAGAACGUUUUGCGAGAAGCCCUGACUUUGAUUCAGAAUUUUGCGAUUCUGGAUAAACUUGGUUUAGAUUAUCAAGAUGAAUGCUUGAGGUUUUUACCUAGACAAAGCGAUUGCUCCGUUUAUAUUCAUCCUUUGAUUAAAAUUCUGUACCAUUUGUGUGAAGACUCCACAAAGGAAGUUGUUAAAUCGAUCGUGAAUGAAAUGCGUAAAGUUGCAACUUUGGUGGAUGACUUCAUAAUGCUUGAAUAUUUUGAAGUUAAUAUUUUGAAUUGGAUUCAAAAAGGCGUGAUAAAGGUUGGCGGCAACGACAAAGCAAAUGUUUCCAUGUUAUUGCAAGUACUAAAAACUUUGGAGCUAGAAAAGUAUUAUGAUUUAUUGAAAAAUGCUGAAAAUCGCGUCAAUGUCAAUCAAAGCAAUUGCUUGUCCAAUGAUUUGAUAAAUACGUCUCAAUCCCUGAGUUCCUGCACAGUUGUGAAUCGUAGUUUAUCAGAUUAUUACAACCUGGAUAUAGACAAUAUGGGUGUAUGUUUAAUUAUAGAUGAAAAAGACUUUGCCCCAAGUUUUGUCACCGGAGCACCGACAUUAGAAACAAGAUAUGGUACAGAGAUUGAUAGGCAAAAAGUGAGUGACAUGUUUUCUUCCUACGGAUACCGAAUUGUUGUAAAACAAAAUUUAAAAAGUUUUGAAAUACUAAACACUGUUGACAAGUACGCUAAUGAAUUGAAACCUUCCGACUGUUCCUUUGUUGUAUGCAUAUUAUCACACGGGCACAUAGGUGCUGUUUUUGGAACCGAUUGUCUUCCUGUCGACAUCAGCAAAAUAAACCAAAGAAUGAGAUCCAAACAAUUACUCAACAAACCCAGUAUACUACUUAUCCAAGCAUGCCAAACACCUGUCCAGUCUUCCUUUAUCAAGCAAGAACUGACUAUUGAUGGUCAUCAUAUGUUGCAAGAUGCUGCAAUGACAACGGCUUGCGAUUUUGUGAUCUUUAAUUCUACUGUGGAAGGGUAUGCCAGUAUAAGAGAUAAGAAGCAAGGUUCCUGGUUUAUACAAGAAGUUUGUGAUGUUUUGGAUAAGUAUGGAGAAGAACGAGAGAUUACUGAACUUUUUAAGCAGAUUACCAGGAAUGUUGUGCAGAAAAUUUGGACGCACAAGAAUCAAGAUGGUUGUAUGGUGCCUAAAUUUUCUAGCACUUUUAUUAAGAACUUUGUCUUUCCACGACGACGGGGGGAUAGAAGGACUAGCUGAAUUUUAAGAAAUAAGGUAAAAGAUUCGAGUUAUAUUAAUGAGUUGUAACGGGGCGUCCAUUAAUCACGUGAUCGAUUUUUUAAAGAUUUUUGGACCCCCGCCUCUCCCUUUGUGAUACAUUCAAAAUUAAACCCUCACCCUUCCCCAGCGAACAUCACGUGAAAUUCAAAUAAAAUUUUUGAUUUUUUUUAAAAUGUUUGGAUUUUUUAAAAAAAUCAGUCUAAAAAUAAAUACACGUGAUAUCUUUCUAUAUCCCUCCCUCCCCCCUAAAAACUUCACGUGAUACAUUCAAAAUUAAACCCCCACCCUUCCCCAGCGAACAUCACGUGAAAUUCAAGUGAAAAUUUUGUUUUUUUUUAACAUGUUUGGAUUUUUUCAAAAAAAUCAGUCAAAAUAUAAAUACACGUGAUAUCUUUCUAUAUCCCUCCCUCCCCCCUAAAAACCUCACGUGAUACAUUCAAAAUUAAACCCCCACCCUUCCCCAGCGAACAUCACGUGAAAUUCAAGUGAAAAUUUUGAUUUUUUUUUAACAUGUUUGGAUUUUUUCAAAAAAAUCAGUCAAAAAAUAAAUACACGUGAUAUCUUUCUAUAUCCCUCCCU